AUGUUAGGGUGGACUGCACAGAUCCGAAGACGAAUCGGGCCACGUCGCGGCCUGGUACUGUGUACUCUGUUGAUAGCGUUGGCGGUGCUCGUCAGGGGUCUUUCCCUGUUACAGAAUGACUUGAAUACUCGUCAAGCUGCGGCGCUGGCGCAUGACCGGCCUAGAUAUCUCUACCGAUCUUUCUUUCGAAAUGAUCCCGAUCUCGUCUUGGAAGAGCAGGUGUCUCACGCUUUGGAAGAAAUUGAGCACCAGCAGCCGGCUCAACAUGGCGACAAGGAGUCGGCACACACAAUUUGGCAGAUUAUGCUUGGUUCACAAGACAAUGGCAGUCCUACAAGGGGGGACGACUCUCUCAAAUUCGAGGAAGUGAAUUCAGAAUGGAAAUACAAGCUGGUGACCACCGAAUGGGCGGAGGAAUUUGUGACAAUAACUCUUGCCUCGAUUCCAGGCCUAGCUCGUCUCUACCAUUCGUACCCGCAUCACGUUCUGCGAGCAGAUCUCCUGCGAUACUUGAUUCUCUGGUAUUACGGCGGUUACUAUGCCGAUACGGACGUCUUCCCCGCAAAAUCCAUCAACAAUUGCCCGUCACUACAACAGUCGGUCUUCCAGACCGACACUCCCGAUGUCUCGCUUGUUGUUGGCAUCGAAAUCGACGAGCCCUUCGCGUCGGCCCAGAAAAUGCAUGACUGGCACUGGGUGCGUAGCUAUGGUUUCAUUCAAUACACACUGUAUGCGCCGCGGCGAUUCAGUCCACUGUUACGACAGAUCAUCGUGCGCGUCUUGUCGCAUACAAAGCGACAUAUCGACUCGGGUUCAUUCUUUCUGGGCGCUAGAUACAAUGAACUCACUACCCUGGAAAUCACCGGUCCGGGGGUCUUCACCGAUACAAUUUUGGAUGUUCUAUCAAACACGUUACCGGAGGAUCAUCCGUUGAUCCUCCAAUCGCUCGAGGCAGAUGAAGGCCUAGGAGAUCUGAUACCCCCGUCCUCAGAAAUACCCCAGAAGCGGGUUACAUGGGCGCCAUUUCAUCGUAUCACCUCCCCGGUGUGCGUCAAUGGCUCGGAAGCCAAGUCGGGCAGUGAUUUGGGAGGUCUUUGUGUCUUGCCAGUCAAUGCCUGGGGCAAUGGGCAAAGACACAGCGGCGCAGAGAACUUUUUGAGUGCCCAUGCAUGUAUUAAUCACCGUUUCGGUGGAACCUGGAAGCCUUGGAAGAAGAGCUGGAAGAAGUACAUAUUCGGAAAAUGA